GUCUGUUUUCUUGCGAGUUUUCCGUAUAAUUUGCUCAAUUUUUGGUUUUGUUAAGCCAAGCUCAAGUGCUGCACACCCAAAUUGCUCAAACGCGUAGCGCAGAAAUUGAAAAAAAACACACAGUUUAAGUGGAAAAUAAGACCAGUUUUGUUGUUUUCCUGUGAGAGGACGCGGCGUUGCAACAACAGCGACGCUAUGCGACCGCAUUUUGAGCGAUAAAACGAAAAGGCGCUGCCAUACAUAACGGUUCUUGUUUGUUUUUACGACGGCACACAUAAAAGCAGCACCAGCAACAAAGGUCUUCGUUGGAUCCUCCGAAUAAUCAAAACCCGCACCAACAACCCACCAACGAAGCCGACGAACCCAAGCAACUGGCGAUGCAAUUGAAAGCGCCCAAGAGCAGAAAUAUGGCCAGUCUUAAAGAUGAGGAGCAAGCGGCAACCACAAGCAACUCCACGAACAACCUCAACAACAACAACAAUACAAAUAAUAUAAACAAUAACCACAGCAGCAGUAGCAACAACAACAAUAACAAAAACGAGGAUGAUCCUAAGGUUAGGAAGGAAAAUCUGGAGGCCAGGAAACAGGCCUUGGAGCAGCGUCUGAGCGAAAAGAGCUGGCUAUUGCAGCAAAUCCAGAAACAAGAGACGGCCAUUAUAAAUGGAAACUACGAACAAAUGACAGUCAAUGAAUUUUUCGUCCAACUGGCCCAACAGUACAAGCAUGAACAGCAGCUCCAGGCUUUGGCCAGGGAAAACAACUCCAUUUUGCGGAGGAAACAAAGCACAACGAGCCGGGAAAGUCGAGAGAGCCAGAUGACCAACAGCAAUAACAAUCGUCAGUCGGAAACGCUAUCAAAUCGCAGUUCGGAAUAUGACAAUUACCAGCCAUCCUCAUCGGCGGGGGCGGGUGAUAUGCUGGUGAUAGGCGUGGCCCAGCAGCAGGCGCUACAGCAUCCGCCGCUGGUAAAGAGUGCCCUGAAGAAGCGACCCACACCCACGCCCAGCCAAAUGCAAUAUAUGCGCCAGCAGCAUCAUCAGCAGGCGCAACUAGUGAUGAACAUGAACUACCAGAGAACACAGCCGGAUGUCAUAUCCAUGUACUCAGCGAACUCCUCGAAUGUGGCUACUUUGCGGCAACCACCACAAGCGGCUCCACAGCAGCAGCCAAUUAUAGUGCAGUGCGAUAAAUAUUACUUGUCGCCCACACAUCAAAGUUACAAUGAGGGCGGAUUCAUCAAAUCAAGUCAGAACAUCAAAAAGUAUGUUUCUCCAUUGGCUUCUCCUAGCAAUCUCAGCUACGAACAGCAGCAGCCGCAGCGAAAUCCUUUGCUUCAUCAGCGGCAACUAGAUGCUAUAUCCCUGGCUCCCAGUUAUGUCUCUGUGGACAUGGAAGCCGCCCAACAUCAACAGCAAUAUCGCUGGCGUUCUCAGUCGCAUAUAGCACCAUUAACGCCGCCUCAAUUGGGCAUAAUAGAGGUGAAAUCGCACUCUAGUGAUAUGCUGGCGGUCCCCAUGCCACCCAGUCGCUAUCCUCCGCAUGAUGAGAUCUCUCUGUCAUCCUCCUCCACGACCAUUGAAAAGAAACCGAAGUCCAAACAGUGGCUGGAAUCAUCGCUAGAUGGACCGGCUGUUAUAAGGCAGAUGGAAUCACAGCCGCACAGUCCAGCUGGCAGCAGCAAUGGAAGUAGUAAUCCCGGAGCAGCUGCCAUGGUUUCGAGUAAACCCCGAGCCAAGCUCUCCUCCCAGUCCAUGUCGGUAUCCGGUCGUCACUACUCCAUGUCCAACCAGCGCCCCACGCAGAACUAUCCUAGUGCCAGCUAUGCAGUGAACACUAGCUCGAAAGCUUUGCUCAGUCAAUCGACAUCGUACCUCAAUGCCAUGGAGCAAACGUUGGGGAUUUCGGUCUCGUACCCGCUAGAACCUCUCGACAUACCAGCGCUCCGAAACUUACCACCUAAACCCAGUCAAAUGCAGCAGCCUACACCGCCGCCCAGACCUCCGCCGGCACAUCAGGGUCAAAACCAGAAUCUGAAUCACAGUGGGAGUUGUAUUACAAGCGGACUUGGCCAUGGCAGCGCUAUUCAAACAGCUUUGGUUUCUCCACCAUUGACGGUGGCCACGGCCAGUCUGUCGCCGGAAAUACGCAUCGAGUCGCCAAAGAACAUGACCGUGGUGCAGCAGGCCACAUUCCAGCCGUACAAAGAAGUGACCAAACCAUUCGAGAUGUCAGAUUUCUACAAAUACUCCACCAAGUUUAAACAAAAGGAGGGCGCCAAUCCCAAUUGACCUUAAAGGUUCUACGGGAUAUACAUCAAUUUCUCCCCCUUUUUAUGUGAUUAACUAAAUUAAUUUUGUAGCACAGAGAAACUACAAAGCGAAAGCAGCUCAAAUUAUUAGAAAACGAUCGAAUUUUAAGUUCGUUAGCCAAAUUAUUUAGGACCAAGGACUAACUGAAAAUUAACUUUACACAAAAAUGCUCAGAAAAUCAGCCAAAUUGAACACAGACUUAUGAAAAGCAAUUUAACGAGUGACAUUUAUAUUUUGUAUUACAUUUUUUUGGAUACACAAAAAAAAAAAAACAGGACAAUAUUAUCCCCGAGGGGAACAGAAAUCGCCUUAAGACAGGACGCCUAGAAAAUAUGAAAAUAUUUUAUAAAAUAUAAGCAUUUACAAAAGAAUAACUGACUAGCAAUUGUUAAACAGUGUAUGAAGAUAUAUUUUUACACUAAUAGAAUAAUAGUUUUUGUAUGAAUAUACAGAUUGGAUUUUGGUAUAUUCACUGAGUUCUUUAAGACUAACUAUUGACAAGCAAUAACAUAGAUGUAAAUAAACAUUUUAUAUUUAAAUGUA